UGGGAGCUGCAUCACCUCGGGACGCUGGCAGAUCCCAGUCCUGUCCGUCCCCUGCAGCAGGGAGCUCAGCACUUCUCUCCGCUCCUCCCAGGAACUCACUGCCAACAUGUCUGAUACCGAGGAAGUGGAUCAAGGAGAGGCUCAGGCAGAAGAAGAGGUUCAAGAAGAAGCUCUUGCUCCCUGCUGUGUUCCAUCUGGCAAAGCCCAAGAAGCAGAACCUCAGGAGGAAGAAGUCCAUGAACCAGCCCCCCCUCCAGUUCAUGAGCCAGCAGAGGAAGCCCCUGAAGAAGAGGAGAAGCCCAAAAUAAAACUGACUGCCCCUAAAAUACCAGAGGGUGAGAAAGUAGAUUUUGAUGACAUCCAAAAGAAAAGGCAGAACAAAGACCUGAUUGAACUGCAGGCCUUGAUUGACAGCCACUUUGAAGCCAGGAGAAAGGAAGAAGAAGAGCUGGUUGCCCUCAAGGAGAGAAUUGAGAAGCGCAGAGCUGAGAGAGCUGAGCAGCAAAGGAUCCGGGCUGAGAAGGAGAAGGAACGUCAGGCAAGGCUUGCUGAGGAAAAGGCACGGAGAGAGGAGGAAGAUGCCAAGAGAAAAGCUGAGGAUGACCUCAAGAAGAAGAAGGCUCUGUCCUCCAUGGGUGCCACAUACAGCAGCUAUCUGGCUAAGGCUGAUCAGAAGAGAGGGAAGAAGCAAACAGCCAGAGAGACAAAGAAGAAGAUCCUGGCAGAGAGGCGCAAGCCCUUGAACAUCGACCACCUCAGUGAAGACAAACUGAGGGAAAAGGCUAAGGAGCUGUGGGACUGGCUAUACCAUCUGGAGACUGAGAAGUAUGACUUUACAGAGCAGAUCAAGAGGAAAAAAUAUGAGAUUUUAACACUGCGUUGCAGGCUGGAGGAGCUUUCCAAGUUCAGCAAGAAGGCAGGAGCCAAAGGCAAGGUUGGCGGGCGCUGGAAGUAAAGAACCAGGCAGGAUGGCUCUUAGUGGCAUGCCAAAACCCUGCUGGUCUCCUUUCCUUCUUCACCCAUCACUUGUGUUCCCAUGCCUCCACCAUAACAAAAAUUGCAACAUCAGCCUGGGUUGGCUAUUGCUGCUGCUUUUCUUCUUUUUCUUCAUGGAGGGGUCUGGUGGCUUCAUCAGGCAAAAGGAACCCAGGCUCCCUGAGCCAUCUUCAGUUCCUGCUGAGCUUAUCCUUCAUCCUCCCAAUUCCAGCCCUAUGCUGUCCUGUAGAUUGCUGUGUACAAAUCUCUGGAUUUUGUAAAUAAAGCUCAACCAGUGCCUUCUCCAAUGACA